AUGGCGGCCGGGCAGGGGGGCGGCGGCGGCGGCGGCAACGGCGGCGGCAACGGCGGCGGCAACGGCGGCAACGGCGGCAGCAGCGGCGGCGGCAAUAACAACGGGACGGGGGGGCUGGGGAUCCCCGCUCAUCUCACUCUCUCCUUCUCGGCCGGACCGCACUGGGGGGCGGCCACCCUUCCGCAGCCUCACACGGUGCGCAGCUUGGACCGGGCCCUGGAGGAGGCGGGCAGCUCGGGCAUCCUCUGCCUCAGCGGCAGGAAGCUGCGCGACUUCCCGGGCAGCGGCUACGACCUGAGCGACACCACGCAAGCAGAUCUUUCCAAGAACAGAUUUACUGAAAUUCCUCCUGAUGUCUGGCUGUUUGCACCACUGGAAACGUUAAACUUGUAUCACAACUGCAUCAAAUCCAUUCCAGAGUCUAUAAAAAACCUGCAGAUGCUCACCUACCUGAACAUUAGUCGAAAUCUUCUAUCAACGUUGCCAAAAUACCUGUUUGAUCUUCCACUUAAAGUUCUGGUUGUCAGUAAUAACAAGCUGGUCUCCAUUCCAGAAGAAAUUGGAAAGCUGAGAGAUCUAAUGGAGUUGGAUAUUAGCUGCAAUGAACUUCAGGUUCUUCCCCAGCAAAUAGGAAAACUGCAGUCACUUAGAGAAUUAAACAUAAGAAGAAAUAAUCUCCAUAUGUUGCCAGAUGAACUAGGAGACCUUCCUUUGGUAAAGCUGGAUUUUUCUUGUAAUAAAAUUACAGAAAUUCCAAUUUGUUACAGAAAGUUACGUCACUUACAAGUAAUAGUUUUGGAUAACAAUCCAAUGCAGAUACCACCAGCACAGAUAUGCUUAAAGGGUAAAGUACAUAUAUUUAAAUUCCUCAGCAUUCAGGCAUGCCUCAGAAUAGAUAAAAAACCAGAUUCCUUGGAUCUUCCAUCGCUGGGUAAACGAAUCCCCUCCCAGCCACUGACAGACAGUAGCAUAGAGGACUUUUAUCCCAAUAAAAAUCAUGGACCAGACUCUGGCAUUGGAAGCGAUAAUGGAGAUAAAAGAUUGUCCACAACAGAACCAUCUGAUGACGAUACAAUCAGCCUUCACUCCCAGGUGUCAGAAUCAACAAGGGAACAGACAUUGAGGAACGACAAUCAUGUAAUGGGGAAUAAACUCGAUCCACAGAAAGACCAGGAGGUGUAUGAUUACAUUGAUCCUAAUGCAGAGGAGGGAGCUGUUCCUGAGCAGGGAGAUGUGCAGAUUGGACCACUGCUGUCUUAUAUAAAGGAACGAGGAAAACACCCUGAAAAAUCUCAAAAGAUAGAGCACAGUGAGGACUGGGGAGAUGAAAAAAGGCUUCAGAAAGAACAGCUGCUGGCUGAGGAAGAUGAUGAAAUCAAAGAAGUGACAGACUUGAGAAAAAUAGCUGCUCAGUUACUGCAGCAAGAACAAAAGCACAGGCUUCUUAAUCAUUCAGCCUCAGUAAGCACGAGGAACAGGCCAAAGCAGCCAGUGGAGUCUGAAAAAUGUGUCUCAGCAGAUGAAGUGAACUCUCCAGUGUCUCCAUACAGCUGGCAGCCACUGGAAAACCAGAAGGAUUCAGUGGAUGAUCAGCGCUGGCCAGAAACACAGCCAAUAAUUUGGCAGAAUGAAGAAAGGAGGAGAAGUAAACAAAUUAGAAAAGAGUAUUUCAAGUAUAAAUCUUCCAGAAAGAGUUCAAGUGGAAAUGAAAACGAUGAGCAAGACAGUGAUAAUACUAAUGUGUCCCCACAGUCUCCUGUGUCGUCCGAGUUUUCAGUACGUUGCAGGGAACCCAGAGGUACUGACACUGCUGAAGUGGUUUCAUUCUUAGGAUUUCCUGUCAUCUGUAUGAUGCUGCCUUGCAGCUUCAUUCAUCGGUUGUGUUGCUUUGAUUAUGAAAGGACUGAUAGUAACACUCACGGUCCGUUUGGUCUCAAACCAAGGUCAGCUUUCAGCCGUGCAGCUCGCCAGGACUAUGGAGCAAUGGAUCCUGGAUUUACAAUGAGGAGGAAGAUGGAGCAUUUAAGAGAAGAAAGGGAACAAAUAAGACAACUUCGCAAUAAUCUUGAAUCAAGGUUAAAAGUAAUCUUGCCAGAUGACAUUGGGGCAGCACUGAUGGACGGAGUCGUUCUUUGCCAUCUAGCCAACCACAUAAGGCCACGCUCUGUUGCCAGCAUUCACGUACCAUCGCCAGCAGUGCCUAAACUCAGUAUGGCAAAGUGCCGAAGAAAUGUUGAGAACUUUCUGGAUGCUUGUAAAAAAUUGGGCGUUCCACAGGAGAGACUUUGCUUGCCUCAUCACAUACUGGAGGAGAGGGGUCUGGUGAAGGUUGGCCUCACAGUUCAAGCUCUGCUUGAAUUGCCCACGUUGAAAGUAUCUCAACUUUCUGCCAUGUAACACGAGUUCUUGGAAGCUCUGGAGCAGUUCAGCUUCCUACAUAGGAUUCCUACAUAGGAACAUCCAAGCCAUCAAAAACUAAUGUCUGUCCAGAUGCUGUAGAGAGCCUUACUUUGGAAUUAUACAUGAAAACCUUGGAGUCAGCUGAUGUUAAAAUACCAUAACGAUUCGUUUCCUUUUGUAGUUGGAUGCACAGAGAUUUUGCAUCAGGUUCUCUUUCCAUUUAAAAGUUAAAACUUUAAGUUCAAAAUGACCAUUUAGCAUCUCACAGUGUUACAGUUAAAUGCUGGAUUUCUUUUUCUACAUUGGAAACGGUUUUUGAAUUAAUUUAGAAGUACAAAACCUGAUCCUCCUUGCUUGAAUUAUUAAGGUCAACUAUCUGAUUUAAAGGCAAAACGAAAACGUGGCGAUGAUUUGAUGGUAAAAACGCAGUGACUGAUAGCUGUAAUCCACUCCCACUCUCUUAGAAACCUUAACUUUAGUGUUCUUUCUUUUUAUUUUUGCACUCCUGAUUGUAACUUACGCACUUCCAACAUUGCCAGUAUUUAGUCUGAGUGUGUGGUGAUGCAAAACAAUGGGAAAAAGGACACUGAGUUUUGUUUUUUUCCAGUCUUCUAGGUUGGUGCCAAAUAUUUUUUUCAGUUGUACUGUAGAUUGUUUACAUGUGAAGUGCCUGUGUAAUUGAUAACUCUUACUAGUCUUAAACAUUUUUUGAGAUUUCUUUGUUGAAAAUAGAUAAAAUGGGAAUUUUUAAAUAUUUUAAUAGUUUUUUGUAAAAUCAACACGUGGAGAUUUAACUGAUGCUUCACAUUUUUUUGAUGUUGGGUGUUUUAAGUUUGUUGCACAGUUGAUUAUGUCGUUAUCUAAUAACUAGAAAAGACUGUAAAUACACUUUAUUUAUGAUAUUUAAUUUGAUAAUACCUAAUCAUUUUUUGUUUGUUUUAAUGUAUUGUUGGGUAAACAAAGCUGUCUACUUCUCUUUGCUUGGGACAAACAAACACACGUGGUGAGUACGAAGUGAGGAUUCGUGAUGCAUACAAAGUAAUGGAGGACAUUCUGAUAAAACUGCCAAAAUCUCAGGUUUAUACUGUGAAUCCCAGGACCUCAUGUAAUACUGCUCCUGGGUUCACAUUACAUUUUUACAAUUUGCAAUUACCCACGAUUGAGUUGAGGAAUCUCGGUGUCUGUCCUUGUCACGUUCGCAGGAUUUAUUGUGCGAGUUGCAUGAGAGUGUGGCACAGCACACAGAUCAGUUUGCACAGAUGUCACUGUGCCGAGACGUUGGGUUUCUGAAAGAGUACAAUUCCCACUGUGCUGCAUUGUUUGUUUUUAUCUUCUUUUUGUAUUCUGUGCAGAUUCUCAGCAUUUUGAGAGCAUUCUGAAACCCUGCACAGAAUACACAGCUGAAUUCAUUUCCAGAAAGGCUGCAAAUCAUUUGGUGGUUUUAGUAGCAGGUUGAAUUGGUUUGUUGGAUAGGUAGUUCAUAUUUACAAAAAAAAAAAAAAAAAAAAGCUUUGUCACAGAUAUUCUGUUUUAGGCUAAAUUAAUUUUGGCUGAGGGAUGUGUUUGCCUUGUGUGUAACAGGAUUUGGUUCUGUCCUUUCCUUUAAGGCUUCACAGCUCAUUGAAAAGCUGAUGUAAAACUGCAUUUCCAACAUCCAAGUCUAAAAUCUUUCUUAAGCAGAAUACACGUGUGAUCUGUAGUGCUUUGCCAUUUUGAAAUGCUGUAGAUGCUGUAUCUUAAAUUGGUUGUUGCAUCAGUCACAUAAUACUCAUUUCAACAACUUAAAUUCAAAGGCAGUGCCUCUAAUUCUGUGAUCUGAGGUCAUGCUAAGGCUAAAAUGAGAAGGUAAUGUGUUUCAUUAAGCUGAUUUCUUGUUGCUGUGUGCUGCAGUUGAAGAACACAACCAUCCAACAGGAGUAA